AGAAAUAGUUUUACUUGUAACCCAUCUCGCUACCGAUCCCCCCCAUCCCCUCCUCUUCCUGGCUUCCCCUCUGUGUCAGAAUAAUCCCUACCUUAUUUCCCUCACUUAUUAUUAUCAUUAUUAUUAUUAUUUUAUUUUCUUUCUAAUUCCUCUCAAUUUUUUCAAAUCGAUCACGGGAGCGACACCCCCCGCCAGAAAAACUCCUCCCUCUCCCCAGAUCUGAUGGCUUUUCACGUCGCUUGCCCCAUUACUUGCCGGAGGAUUUGCUAUUGCGAGCUCGGAUUCCCGGCGGAGCUGCGGAGCGAGAAGGCAAGGGUUGAGUUCUUGGAGGAGGUCGAGGCGCUCGAGGAGUUCCUGCGGGAUCCGUGGACAGUGAGGGCGGAUGGGGGCUCCGCCGUGGCCACCGUCCAGGUGCUGGUCCCCCAGGUGGUGCCCCAGCCGGCCCCACCGCCGGGAGCGGAGGAUGGGGGAGGCGGCGGCCGGGGGGAGGCCAAGCGUGCGGCGAUGCAGCGGCAGGCGGUGGCCGCGUCGCUGGCGGCCGAGGAUUAUGUCCGGAGAUUAGAGGGUGGGGGUGCUGCGGAGGCACCAGGAGAGGUAGCUAGUCAUCUUGCUAUAGAAGAUCAAAACUUUUCCACUGUCAAGGUUAUGUGCAGAAUAUGCUUUUCAGGAGAAAAUGACAGCAGUGUAGGAGCUAUGAAGAUGCUCUCAUGCAAAAUCUGCAGCAAGAAAUACCAUAGGAGCUGCUUGAAACGUUGGGCUGAACAUAGAGAUCUUUUUCAUUGGAGUUCAUGGGCUUGCCCGUCUUGCCGCAUUUGUGAGGUUUGUCGAAGAACAGGUGAUCCCAAUAAGUUAAUGUUUUGUAAAAGGUGUGAUGGUGCUUACCAUUGCUAUUGUCAGCAGCCUCCACAUAAGAAUGUUAGUCAUGGACCAUACUUGUGUCCAAAACAUACAAGGUGUCACAGCUGUGGGUCCACUGUCCCUGGAAGUGGUCUUAGCACAAGGUGGUUUUUAGGGUAUACCUGCUGUGAUGCUUGCGGAAGAUUAUUUGUGAAAGGAAACUAUUGUCCAGUUUGCUUAAAGGUUUAUAGAGAUUCUGAAAUGAUACCAAUGGUUUGCUGUGAUGUUUGUGAGAGAUGGGUGCAUUGUGUAUGCGAUGGUAUUAGUGAUGAAAAAUAUCAGCAGUUCCAAGCAGAUCAGAAUCUGUACUAUAAAUGUGCUGCAUGCCGUGGCAACUGCUACCAGGUUAAGGAUAUAGAUGAUGCUGUCCGGGAACUUUGGAGGAGGAGAGACAUAGUUGACUGUGAUCAAAUUGCAAGCUUGAGGGCUGCUGCUGGAUUGCCAUCUCAAGAAGAAAUAUUGUCCCUGUCUCCCUAUUCAUAUGAUGAAAACGCUGGUCCAGUCAUACUAAAAGAUGAUAGUGGGAGGACCCUUAAGUUCUCUGUUAAAGGUAUCAGUGACAAACCGUUGAAGAAUUUUAAAGAACAUGGAAAGAGCAUUUCCAAGAAUUCAACAUUGAAUAAGAAGUAUGUAAAGAAGAAAGGAUAUCAAUUAAAUUUUGUUGGUAAACCAGAAGAAACAUAUCAAAAUAUUGAAAGGCAGCAUGAGGCAAGAUCAUUUGAUCGUACUUUCAGAGAUCAAAAGAUUGAUGACAUGAAUUCAUUAAGAACUAAUGGGCCAGAAAUCAUUUCAUCUUCCAUGACCAGAAGUACUGUUGAUAAUGGUAUGAAAUUCUGUGAUAAUCAAAUGGGUACUCAUAACAACAGCUUUACCAAUGAAGUUGCGGUGCACGAUGCUGAUACAGAACCCAAAGUAAAAAUUAAGGGUGGAAAAUUGCAAAGUUUGCAUUUCAAAGAAUGUGGCAUUAAAAAUGUGAGCAAAAGUGAGAGUGUGAGAGGUACCAAGUUAGUUAUUCAUAUUGGUUCAAGAAAUAGAAAUGUGUCUGGAUCUCCGAGAUCUGAAACUUCCAGCUGCCAUAGAGAUCAAGAUCUAGCUUCCUUCAAUGGCGGUGAGGAUACCAGCCAGCAGAGAACAAAAGAUAAUGAGAAUCAUAUGCUUGAUGAUCAUGGUGGAACUGUCAGAUCUGAUGGUGGAAAAGGAGCUAAACUUGAUAAUUUAUGCUUCACAAGAAGCUCAAAGCAUGGAUUCAAAGAAAAAAAUGUUAUAAAGCUUCGAAAAGUUUAUGAAAGGCAAGGAAAAAAUAACAGUGGCAUUGGCGAAGCUUGUGAACUUACUACGGCAUCCAGAAGCCCUCUUGUAGUAGGAAAAAGGAACACAGAAGAAGGCCCUGCAGCAGAGACUCUGGCACUAACAAAUGAUGUGGUUCUACAAAAGAAGCAACCUGCAGAUACACCUGUUAAUUCCUUCACUCACCCAAAGCCAUUGCUGAAGUUGAAGUUCAAGAAUCCAUCUUUUGAACAGCGGAGCUCUUGGGCCCCACAGGGAGAGGAAGUGAACUCUGUCAAAGGGCAGAGAUCAAAAAGAAAGAGAUCUUCAGCAGAAAAGGUCAGUGUAGAAGAUGAUGAGAACUAUCGACAGCUGCAUCGGGAGAAUCCAAUGGAUGAAGCCAUGGACGCAAAUUGGAUAUUGCAGAAGCUAGGCAAGGAUGCAAUUGGAAAGAGAGUUGAAGUUCAUCAAUCAUCCGACAAUUCGUGUUCUGGUUUGCUAACUGAUUUGUGCUGAUAAGAUUGCAACAACACUGAUAUCUCUCAAAGGGUUAACAUGCUUUAUUGAUCCUAAAGUAUUGUUUCUCUGCAUCAAGGCUUCAGUUAGCUUUUAAAUAUUUUACUUGCUCGAUGAAUAUUAUAAGUGAACAUUCCAGUUCUGUAAUAUUAAUCUUGCCGAAUGAUGAUCAUCCUCCUGUUCCAGCCAAUAUUAACAUUCAAUGAAGGGUUCUGUAGACUGAAAAGAUGCUCAACUUGUAGAGACGACAUUGAUGUCUGAUAAAUCUUGUGUAGGCAUCAAGGAGUGGUUUCAGAUAUCAACCGAGGCACGUCAUCUUUGUCAAUCUGUUUUGAUGAUGGAAGAUCUAAAACCUUGUUGCUUGGAAGGCAGGGGAUUCGUCUCAUUUCUCAAAAGCAAAAAAAGACCAAAACGUGAAAAUUUACCUGGUGAUUGAUGCAUUGUUGUGGGAGAAAAUUCAACUUGCCAGGUAUGGAAACAUUGGAAAAUUGGAGCUAUUCAUGUUUAAUUCUCUCUGGUGCAGCUGUUCAUGUAGGGGUUGAUCCGUCUUGAUAUAGUUGAAUAUUGAGAACCACCAACUUGUGCUGAAAAGUCUUAAGUACCAAGCGGCUCCCAGUUGUUGUAAUCAUUAAUUGUAUCAUCUGUUCUUUUCAUUUUUCAAGAAUCAAUGGUCUUUUUAUUAGUCUGUCAGGGAUGCCUCUGAACUUCCAUAAAUAGCAACAUGUUGGAACUUAAUAGUUCCAUCACCUUGUAAUUCUCACGAAGGGAAAGCCCUUAUCAGCCCCUUACUAGUUUUCCUGAGGUUUAUUGUAAUAUACGCAGACAUUGCUGGAGUUGCAAAUGAGGAUGCAUUUUAUGGACAGCUCCUUAUUUAAGCAGGGAAGGGAAAUGGGGCAUAAUUUAGAAGGUGGCGUUGUGUAAUUCUAAUACAGUGGUGAAUGAUGAACAGAAAUCAAUAGUAUACUUUUUCUGCUAGAUAAAGUUGUCACUUAUGAUCA